CCAGUGCUUCCUGGUGCUGCAUCAGAGUGAAGGCUGGUGUGCUUGUCAAACCCUGAGCUGCUAGUGGCACAUUUCCUGUUGUUGACAGGCGAGGAGCACAGCAGAGGCUGCACUGAGCUGCGUGUAGGGACUCGCGUUUUAUCAGCUGAAGUGCACACAGGCACACACGGAGAGCACCCUUUCACAGGAAGAGCUGCUAUCACUUCUCAGAUACACAGACGCAGAGGAAGCACUGACACUGAACCUCUUACAAACGGCCCAGAAACAGGAGCUGCUCCACAGAUGGACUGACUCCCUCCAUCCAGAGUCUGACUGAUGAAAACAAGUGGGAUCUGCUUUGUUGUUUUUCUCUGUUUUCACCUGAUCUGAGUGUCUACCCAGGAAGUGUUAUGGUUUUGUUCUACAUGGGAUCGGAUAAAACCUCAUCUAUAAUCAUGCAGCCUGAGGACCCUGUUCGCCAGGACAUGCAGUUCUACUAUGUGGGUGACCAUACGUGGGCCACCAUGCUGGGGCAGAGCGUGAGGCUUCAGCCAGUUUCCAUCCAAAGCCUCUCAGAGCUGGAAAGAGCACGUCUUCAAGAGGUGGCCCUAUAUCACUUGGAAAGAAGAGACCUGGACUUUAAGAUCAGCAUCCCUAGAGAGAUUCACAAGAGGAGGAAAUCACUGCGGAGAAAGUUUGACUCCUUCUCAAAAGAAAAGAAAGAGCGAGAGUCCGCGUCCAAAGCGUUCGGUAUCCCGCUCGCCCAGGUCGUCGCAAACGACCGGGCAUACAAGCAACGGCAGGAUGCCCUGAAAGAGAGCCGACGGGACUGUCUGGACCUGGAAGCCAGUGUUCUUCACUUCCGUGCCGAGAAAUGGCAGCACAAUGGAAACCGGCAGCUGGGCAAUACAGCCUUAUCACCUGAUGCUGCCUCCUCACCGGCACUGGAGGCCCACGGCAAGCCUCCCUCGACAGCGUUCAUGGACAACACCUCACGCACACACAGAAGGGGAGGGAUGUCUGUGGACUCCAUCUCUGACAUGGUUGAGAGUCAGUCCAGGCUACUUGAAGCUCUGCAGCUCUCUCAUCCUAAUGAGCUGGAGCUGAAGAAGGCUGCCGGUCGCACACAGGCCAAACUUAGUCUCAAUCCCAUCUACAGACAAGUUCCCCGAGUGGUAGAGCGCUGCUGUAACCACAUUGAGACCUACGGGUUACAAACUUUGGGGAUUUUCCGCGUAGGCAGCUCCAAAAAAAGAGUCCGUCAACUGCGCGAGGACUUUGACAUGGGGAUAGAUGUCUCGUUAGACGAGGAGCACAGCGUUCAUGACGUGGCUGCAUUACUGAAGGAGUUUCUGAGGGACAUGCCUGACCCUCUGUUACCACGGGAACUCUACCGGGCCUUCCUGCACGCUAACCUGUUGAGGGGGGCAGAUCAGUUCACAUACCUGCAGCAGUUGUUGUACUUGUUGCCGCCCUGUAAUUGUGACACCCUGCUGAGGCUCUUGACGCUUCUUCAUACAGUGCAGGAGAACGCAAACAGCUCCAUCGGGCCAAACCAGCAGGAGAUCUCAGGUAAUAAGAUGACAGCAGCAAACCUGGCAGUGAUCUUCGGGCCCAAUCUCCUGCAGAAAGAGAGAGGAUCAGAGAGAGAGCUCAGCCCUCAAGCUCUGGGCAUAGAAGACAGCACCGCUGUCAUCUCCGUCACCCUGAUGCUCAUCCAGAACCACCAACAUCUCUUCAUGGUGUCUGCUGAUCUUCAGCAGGAGGUGCUCAUGAGCCUCAUUCAGACGGACCCUGAUGUCAUUGACUAUCUGCUGCGCAGGAAACUCAGUAGUAGCAGCCUGACGAUGGAGACAGACUCCGGUGGAAGGAGGGACACACAGGCAUCUCUGGACUCUGUGGGUCAGUCCAGUGAUGAUCUUUCAUCCCUGGAACCACUGUGUCCUCUUUACCCAGAGACAUCUGCCAUAGGAAGUCUGAGCAGUGAGGUCUUCCUCAAUGUUCUUCAUCUUAACACCAACAGGAAACGUUCCUCUGAGAUCCCACCCAAAUCCAUUGGUAAAAUGAGACAGUUUCAUUCCCAUCACAACCUGAUGAGUCUCUCCCAGUCCUCCUCUAAUGCCCAGAGUGAAGAGCGAGAGCUCCAGGAGCAAAGGCAAGGCGGUUCAAGGCACACGUGCUCAGAGGAGCGCCUUCUUUUCAGUCUGGGACGGCAGGACAGCGGUUCUCAACCACAGAGUCCUAGAGAGAGAGGCAUCUGGGUACGACAGAGCUCCAACGCCUCGUCCACCACGUCAGACGACAGCAAACCGCCAAGCAACUUCUGGGACUUUUUCACUGGCAAGAUACCUGUUCUCAGAAGAAGCCCUUCGCUGCAAAACUUCUUCAACGACCAUUCACAGUCUGAAAAAAAUUAAGUGAAAUGGAAGAUGUUUUUGGAAGAAUAAGAUGUUUUGAUAACUUUUGACCACUUGGAGAUGGCGCUCUGAACUCAUGGCAUCCCUGAGCCACACGGGGGUGGUAUUUACUGGCCUCAACAUUGCAUUGACAUUAAAUAGAUCCUGUAGGGUUUCUUUCAACAAAAAUGUAACUCUUCAUAGAGAGCAUAGCCAUUUUGACGGCAGAAAAUAUAAAUAUCUAUUGAGUUGGA